AAUACUACACCAAGUCAGUGCAGCACCUCAGCCACUUCUCAGACAAAUGAUUUACGUGCCUUUUUUGCCAAGAGGGGAAAGAGAAAAGUAGUCGACAUCAGUAGUGGUGAAGAUGGUGACGGACAUGACAACGAAGCUGGUAAAGAAGAUGGUGAUGACGACUCUUCCUUUAACGAUGAGGGAGCAUCAUCAUCAGAAGAAGAGGAGGAGGAAACGAAGAGAACAAGCACUAAGAGAGCGAAACCCAUGCCUUCUAUAGUUCCUGCAGCUGCAAGCGGACUGUCUCGUGCACAAAAGAAUCGCUUUGGAUUUCAGGUCAAUCCGAAAUCGAAAGUAAAAGCAAGCAACCAAGCAGCAUCGUCCUACCCUACACCAUCAUCACAAACAUUAAACAGCACCACUCAGUUAGGUACAUCAAAUCUCCCCGUUACUCUA